UAAUCAUUGCAGAAUGAAAAAAAAAAGGAUCGUUUACAUGUUCCCAUCAUCAAUGUUUCCAUGUUUUCCAUAACCAUUUGCAAUUAUUAUAUCAACCCUUUAAUCAAUUUUUCUCAACUUAAAGUAAUUUGCUUCAAAUAUCUAGUUAUUCCCCAAAGGUGUUCGAUGAAACUCCCAACAGAGUAGAAACAAAGCUUCUUCUUAGUUUUUGAAGUUCUGAAUUCAUUUGCAUUAGCUUGAAGAUGGUACCAAUGAGCGUUUUCAGUGCAGGGUCUAUUCGGGUUUCAAUGAUUUCGAGGAGCAUUUUGAAGUUCUGAAAUUCAUUUGUAUUGGCUCGAACAUGGCAUCAAUGGCGUUUUCGGGUUCGGGUCUCUUUGGCUUCGACCUAUAGAUGCUCCACAUUGUGCCAAAUCAAAGCAGUGGGAAAUGAGGAUAUCAAAGGUUUAUUCAUGGUUUUAUGGUUAUUAUCCUUGGAUGGUUGUUUUUGCUACAACUUUAGUAUUGUUUGGAAGCUUAUCAAAAUCAAGCAACAAUCAAGAUGAAGUUCCUUUGAAAGCUUCAAAGUUUCAGAAACCAUUGAGGCUCCCAAAUAAAGGGUAUGGUUAUCCACCUGUUCUUGCUUAUUGGAUUAGUGGCAGCAAAGGAGAUAGUAAUAAAAUGGUGAGGUUGCUGAAAGCAAUAUAUCAUCCAAGAAACCAGUAUCUGCUGCAACUUGAUUCAGGUUCAUCUGAUUAUGAAAGGGAAAAUUUGGGAUUCUUGAUUGAAUCCGAGACAGUGCUUCAAACAUUCGGAAAUGUUAAUGUUGAAGGUAAAAGUUAUGCAGUUAAUAAGAUGGGAUCUUCAGCUCUUGCUGCUACACUUCAUGCUGCGGCUUUGCUUCUUAAGAUUAAUUCAGAUUGGGAUUGGUUUAUACCUUUAAGUGCCUCUUCUUAUCCCCUAAUGAAUCAAGAUGAUCUCCUCCAUGCUUUUACUUUCCUUCCAAGGGACCUCAACUUCAUUGAUUAUAUUAGCAAUCCGGGUUGGAAACAGAGGGGAGAGAUUAACCGAAUUGUUGUAGACCCCAACUUAUAUUAUAAGAGCAAUACCCCAAUUAACUAUGAUGUUGAAACUCGAAAACCAGAUGCUUUCGAGAUUUUUGGAGGUUCACCAUGGGUGAUUCUUUCAAGAUCAUUCAUGGAGUUUUGCAUCUAUGGAUGGGAUAACAUUCCAAGAAAGCUAUUAAUGUAUUUCACCAAUGUAGCUUACCCUCUUGAAACCUAUUUCCACACAGUGAUUUGCAAUUCAUUUGAGUUUCAAAACACAACAUUGAGCAAUGAUUUAAGGUACGAUAUUAUUCCGAAAUCCCCUAAGCCCAAGAUUUUAAACACUUCGAAGUACGGUGAAAUCGUAGCUGGUGAAUCAGUUUUUGCUCAGCCAAUUCAAGAAGAUGAUCCAUUGCUAAACAUGAUUGAUGAAGAUGUUCUGCAUAGGAUGCCUGAUAAUUUCGUGCCUGGGAGCUGGUCUUCUUGUCAAGGUAUCAAUCAAGGUGAAGAUUUAUGUUAUAGGUGGGCAGACAUUGAUACUGUGAAACCUGGUUCCAAAGGUAUAAAACUUGCUUCUCUCUUAACCAAGCUUGUUGAAGAAAGAAGACAUAAUCCUAGCCAAUGCCACCAGCAACGUGGACCAUGAUAUUAGACUUUGUAAUUGUUUUGUAUUUUAUCGUAUCAUCAUUGUGUCUAUAUUGUUUUAUGUGAAUUCCUUAUUAUUAUUUUUAUUCAAACUAAUAUUAAAUAUAUUAAAAAUA